GCCGGACUCGCGCCCUCCACCGGUAUUCCCAGCUUCCCACGGCGUUUUCCGCCCCGCCCCGCCCCGCCCCACACACGGGCUCGCGCUCCCGUUCCUGCCCAGCUUCUAGCCCGCGGCACCAGGCUGUCGCCUGCCCAGUCCGGCCGGCAGCCCGCUGCGCGAGCACCAUGCUCUUCUAUUCCUUUUUCAAGUCCCUUGUCGGCAAGGAUGUGGUCGUGGAACUCAAGAAUGACCUGAGCAUCUGUGGAACCCUCCAUUCUGUGGAUCAGUAUCUCAACAUCAAACUAACUGACAUUAGUGUCACAGAUCCUGAGAAAUACCCUCACAUGCUAUCUGUGAAGAACUGCUUCAUCCGGGGCUCAGUGGUGCGCUAUGUGCAGUUGCCAGCAGAUGAGGUGGAUACACAGUUGCUACAGGAUGCAGCAAGGAAGGAGGCCCUGCAGCAGAAACAGUGAUGGCUCCUCUAUACUCUUCCUUCUUACGCUGGCGAUCCUUGACCUCAUGUCUCGGCCCAGGACCCCUUCCCCCAUACUUGAGGUGGUGGUGUUUUUUCUAAUAAUGAAGGUGCUUUUUCUUUUUUAAGGGAUGAGUGGAUAAGAACUAAUAGUGGGGAGCAGCUACCCUCUGUUGAGACAGGGUGGAUAAGUAGUCUGGGGAACUGCAAAACCUUCCUGUCUCUAGCACCUGCCUUUCUUACUCCUUCCCUGGAGCUGAUAGGAGAAUCUCCUAGAUCUCUCCACAGCAGCAUGUGAUUCUUUUGGGGGAUGGAAGGAAACUGUCCCGCAUCGGGAAUAAAAUUUAUCAUGCAAAUAUUGA